GCGGAGGGCUUCUCUACGCUCGUUGCACGAGGUAGGCGUUGGUGAGGGCGGCGAAGGGGAUCACGAGCGAUUCGAGUGUAAAACCCUAACCCUCGAUCUGUACGAAUCGCUUUCGACCAUUCGAGUGGAGCAAGAGAUGUUGGAGGAGUCCUCUGUAGUUCUGUGAGGAUUUCGAUUCGCCAUGGUGCUCGGGAAGCUCACUAUCGUUAUCGGAGCGGGUAUAAUUGGGUCUGUGCUCACUAAGGAUGGUGGUCUACCUGAUAUUACACACCUUUUUUCUGGUGCUUUCAGGAUUGUCACAAAGCACCUACAACAAGAAAAAGACAACUCUCAGUCCUCUAGCAAACCUCAAACUGAUUCUCUGUUAGCUCAGGUUAAUACUCUUCGGCAUGAGCUGCAACUGUUGGCAUCAUCAAGAUCAGUUACAAUCGUGACUGGUGGAAAAUCAGGUUCUGGAAGAUAUGGUGUAUCAGCUGUUAUUGUCAUUGGAGCUCUUGGAUAUGUUUUUAUAUGGUGGAAGGGAUGGAAACUUUCGGAUAUGAUGUUUGUGACACGACGCGGCUUUUCUGAUGCUUGCACUCGAGUAGGCAAGCAACUGGAGCUAGUUUCAUCGUCUAUUACAACAGCCAAGAAACAACUAUCUUCAAGGAUUGACCUCGUAGAUAAUAAUGUGGAGGAAUGUAAGGAGAUUGCUGCUGCUACCAAAUUUGAGGUCUCACAGCUACAUGGGGAUUUAACUUUGUUCCAUGCUGAAGUUGAAUCCGUUCACCGUGCUGUCCAGACUCUGGAGACAAAGAUUGGUCGAAUAGAAGGAAGUCAGGACUUUGCAACCAGGGGAGUCUAUCACCUUUGUCAGUUUGUUGAGAAAUUGGAAGGGGCCAAAAGUAGGGAACUUAUUCAGGACUCACCAUCCAGUUCUCAGCGAUUACUUGAACCUCCACAAACUUCUCUGGUGGUGACAAGGACAAGUUCGUUACCACCUUUACCAGUAGAAUCACCUUCAUCAUCAGCAUCAGCAUCACCAUCCAUUGCUAUUGAGAGUCCCAGGGUUCUGCGAUCAUCAACUGCUGUAUCGGCUUCAGGCCUAAAGGAGCUGCAGGAGAUUUCAAAUGCAACUAGACUGGGAAGCUUCAAAUCAAAUAUGACAUCAGGAAGUACCUCUAAAGUUUCAAACAGUACUACCGAAGAACCAAACAGCACCGCUCCGAAUUCCAGUUGGUCCAUGUGGAAGUCUACGGACGAACCAAACAGUACUGCACCAAGUUCUACUCGGUCUUUGUGGAAGCUGCCAAGCAUUGGUAUUCUUUCAAGAACCCGCAGUGGUACGACCUGAUGAUUGGCCAUAUAUCUUGGUUCCCCAAAUAACUCCCGCAUGUUUCGGGAUGAUGAUGAUAUUUACUACACAUGUUAAAAAAUUGUAGUGCUUUAAAUAUCAUAAUCCAAACCGGGCACCAAAAUUUUUGUAGUGUAUAGAUUUUUUGCAAGUAAUUGGUUAAGAAACUCUUCUCUUUAAGUGGAUUUUAUAUUAAAAGAGAACAUUAU